ACCUCGGAGCGGGAGGCUGUGCGCGCGGGUGCGGAGUGGGUGCGCGGCCGGCGACGAUGCGCUCCGCGGAGCGGCCGCCGCAGUGAGCCCUGCGCGGCGACGGGAGCCCGGCCGGCGGCCCCGGGAGGCAGGGCCGGGGCGGCCAGCAGCUCGCGCUCCUCCCCGGAGGAGGCCAACGGGCCCGCGAGGCGCGCUCCAGCCGGCCCCAGGAUGUAGGCGAUCGGCGGCGGCGCUCCUGCAGGCUGACGGCUCAUCAUGAAGAAGCACUCGGCCCGGGUGGCCCCGCUCAGCGCCUGCAACAGUCCGGUCCUGACCCUCACCAAAGUGGAAGGGGAGGAGCGCCCCCGGGACUCCCCGGGCCCGGCGGAGGCCCAGGCGCCGGCGGGGACCGAGGCCGGUGGGAGACCGAGCCGCCGCUGCUGGAGAUGCUCCCGCGCGCAGCUCAAGAAGAUCUUCUGGGGUGUGGCGGUGGUGCUGUGCGUGUGCGCCUCCUGGGCGGGCGCCACGCAGCUCGCCAAGCUGACCUUCAGGAAGUUCGAUGCUCCCUUCACCCUGACGUGGUUUGCCACCAACUGGAACUUUUUAUUCUUCCCCUUGUACUACGCGGGGCACAUCUGCAAGUCAGCGGAGAAGCAGUCAGUGAAGCAGAGAUACAGGGAAUGCUGUCGAUUUUUUGGAGACAAUGGCUUGACUUUGAAGGUGUUUUUUACCAAGGCAGCACCCUUUGGUGUUCUUUGGACACUCACAAACUACCUGUACUUACAUGCAAUAAAGAAAAUAAACACUACGGAUGUCUCCGUAUUGUUCUGCUGCAACAAAGCUUUUGUGUUCUUGCUCUCAUGGAUCGUUCUCAGGGACAGGUUCAUGGGAGUGAGGAUCGUGGCUGCCAUCCUCGCCAUCGCUGGGAUCGUGAUGAUGACCUAUGCGGAUGGCUUCCACAGCCACUCCGUCAUCGGCAUAGCCCUGGUGGUGGGCUCGGCAUCCAUGUCCGCCCUCUACAAGGUCCUGUUCAAGCUCCUCCUGGGCAGUGCUAAGUUUGGAGAAGCCGCCUUAUUUCUUUCCAUUCUGGGUGUGUUUAACAUCCUGUUCAUCACCUGUAUUCCUGUCAUCCUCUACUUUACCAAAGUGGAAUACUGGAGCUCUUUUGAUGACAUUCCAUGGGGAAACCUUUGUGGAUUUUCAGUCCUCUUAUUGACAUUCAAUAUUGUAUUAAAUUUUGGAAUUGCUGUUACAUAUCCCACUCUGAUGUCUCUUGGAAUCGUCCUCAGCGUACCUGUGAAUGCAGUGGUUGAUCAUUACACCAGUAAGAUCGUUUUCAACGGCGUCCGGGUAAUUGCCAUCAUCAUCAUCGGCCUGGGCUUCCUCCUCCUCCUCCUGCCUGAGGAGUGGGACGUCUGGUUGAUUAAGCUGCUCACUCGCCUCAAAGUGAGGAAGAAGGAGGAGGCGGCUGAGGGUGGAGCGGACCUGGGCUUGGGGCUUCAGAGCAAGAACAGAAGGGCCCGGCCCUCCUUCGCCCGCUGA